AUGUCCAUUCCGCUUAUAGCCGAAACUGCAACUAAUGAUCCAAAUUCAAAUAAAAGUAAAAAUAAAGUAAUAUCUUUAGUAUUAGAUUCCGGUUCGUUGAUAAAGGGGACCCCAGUUCGUCACUUGGCGGAAAAGUUUUAUACAGUGCCAGAAGUUUUAGCCGAAAUAAGAGAUAAAGAAUCACGAGAUUAUUUGGCGCAGCUUCCAUUUGAGCUUAUAUCAUUAACUCCAUCGGAUCAAGCUUUAAAAGAAGUGAUUAAUUUUUCGAAAAAAUCUGGUGAUUUUUCUAGUUUAUCUGUAGUAGAUGUCAAGGCGAAAACAAUACAGCCCCAUCAAACUGAACAUAAUAAAAAGGAAGAUGAACUGUCUUCAUCUAUUGAUGAAAAACUAAUUGUUACCGAAGAAAAAUCCGACGAAUUGUUACCUGAUAAAGAAAUAUUACAAAAAAUGCCACAUAUAAAACAGAUUGAUAGCAUUAAAGAUGAAGAAAUACUGCAGAUGGUUUCAGAUACUUCUAAUAUAAUAAAACCCGAUGCAUAUGGCAUACAUAAUGGUUUCUCAUCAUCUAACCCGAAUAAUAAACCAGUAAUUAUGAAAGUCGCUUGUAUGACAACCGACUACACCAUGCAAAAUGUAAUGCUACAAAUGCGAUUGAAUUUGCUCUCAAUUGAAGGGAUAAGAAUCAAAAAAAUCAAAAAUUGGGUUCUUCGAUGUCAUGCAUGUUUCAAGAUAACAUCUAAUAUGGAGAAACAAUUCUGUCCAAGUUGUGGCGGUCCGACAUUAAUCCGGACUUCUACUACCACCGAUGAAAAUGGUAAUAUCAGAUAUUAUUUGAAAAAGAAUUUUCAGCACAACCUACGUGGAACAAAGUAUUCUAUUCCAAAUCCAAAAGGAGGUCGCAACCCAAAUAAUCUUAUACUUCGCGAAGAUCAGCCCGAAUAUCAAAAAGCGAUUAAGGCGCAUCGAAAACAAAAAAUUGUGGAUAUAUUUAAUCCUGAUUAUGUCCCGAAAAUGCUAAUAGGUAGUCCAGCUAAUAAUAAGGCUGGACCACCCGUUAUUGGUCAUGGUCGUAGGAAUCCAAAUGAAACAAAACGCGGAAAAAGUAAAGGAAAGAAAAAACAUUAG